AUGGCUUUUCUAUUUGGUCGCAACCGCCAGAGAUCCGCCUCAGAUCUGGCCAAACAAACCAAAGACCUGCUGCAAAGACUGACCAAAGACGAUGGCCAAGCUGCAAAGGUCGAAGAAGACCUCGCCCGCAACCUCUCCCAAAUGAAAACCAUCCUCCAAGGGACCCCCGAAGCCGAAACCACCCCGGAACAGAUCUACUCGCUCGUCUCCGCCCUCCUCACCGAAUCCCUCCUCCCCACCCUCGUCGACAAAAUCCACCGCCUGCCCUUCGAAGCCCGCAAAGACACGCAAACCAUCAUCUCGAACGUCUUCCGGUUUAGAAACCCGGGGUCCAGCUCGAAUGAACCGGAUGCGCUGAAAGAGGUGUUGCGCAGACAGCCAGAGAUCGUGAUCGCGUUGUGUAAAGGAUACGAGAGACGGGAGAGCGCGAGUCCGUGUGGUGGGAUCCUGAAAGAGGCGUUGAAGUGGGAUGCCGUCGCGGCGGUGAUUCUAUACGACGAGCCGAGCAGUGACGGCAAGACGAUCGACAUCUACAAUGACGUGGACGUCACCGCACCUGCGUCCGGAGAAGGGGUCUUCUGGAGCUUCUUCACCUGGAUCGACAAGUCGAGUUUCGAAGUCAGCGCGGAUGCGUUCGAUUGUUUCCGGCUGAUCCUCACGAAACAUAAACAACUCGUCGCGCAGUACAUCACGACGAAUUUUGACCUGUUCUUCAGCAGGUAUAACGAGGUGUUGGUCAAGAGUGAGAGCUAUGUGACCAAGCGGCAGUCGAUUAAGCUGUUGGGGGAGGUGUUACUGGAUCGGCAGUUCUACGAGGUGAUGUGUCGGUAUGUGGAGUCGGGGGAUAACCUCAAGCUUAUAAUGUGGCAAUUGAAGGACGAUCGGCGGAUGGUGCAAUACGAGGCGUUUCACGUCUUCAAAAUCUUCGCCGCCAACCCGAACAAAUCCCCCGAAGUCCAAAAGUUCCUCAUCAUGAACAAACAGCGCCUGCUCAAAUUCCUCCCUCGCUUCCUCGAAGACCGCACGGAUGACGAUCAAUUCAACGACGAGAAGGCGUGGCUCGUGAAAGCCAUUGGGAAUUUACCGGAUACCACGGCGGGGAUUCGAAGUCCGAGUGCAACGACGCCGACGACGCAGCAACCACCGCCGCCGCAGCAGCCUCCGGGAAAUGCGACGUAUGUACGGUCAUGA